AUGGAAGUUGUCGGCGCCGUCGCGGCCAUCGUGCAGUUGGUUGGUACAGCCAAGGAUGCAUUCAAAUAUAUUGACGGUGUCAAAGGUAGCGCCGAGGAUCGCCAAACUUUAUUUCAAGAGGUGUCGACUUUGCAGUCGCUCGUCGCAGAGCUUGAUUCGAGGAUCAGCCUCAAUCUUUCGACUGGCAUACUUCCACCACCCCAGCUAAAGGGACCAUUGGAUCAGGUGAGGGCCUCUCUUCAGGAGCUUACGUUGCUACUUGCACCGCCCAGGCCGUCUUCAUCAUCACGAUGGGUGAUUCGAGACAUGAUAUGGCGAAUGCGCUGGCCGACCAAGAAGGAGAGCGCUGUAGAUCUCCUGCAGAGUGUCGUGCGGGCAAAGAUUUAUAUAGUUCUCAUCUUACAGCAAGAUACUUGGUCUAGCACAAGUAUCAUCGAACAGAACACAGCAUUACUUCCCGCUGUGAAGCGCCAAGCAAGUCUCAUCGAAAGCGGUGUUGGAAAGCUUAACCUCGAGGUUGACGACAAAUUGCGGAAAGACGUCAUCUCAUGGAUGUCCUCGAUCAACUUCUUCGUUUCUCAGAAGGAUAUCCUUACUCGAUAUCAAAGCGGGACUUGUGAAUCUAUUCAGGAUUCCCCUCAGAUCAACUUGUGGAUAUUGGGAAAGGGAAGCAGGCUCUUGUGCUCCGGAAUUCCCGGUGCUGGCAAAACAAUUUUCUCGGCCUUGAUUCUCCAACACCUCCAACAAAAGCACUCUGCCAGUGUUGGUGUAAGAAUUGCCGGGGUCUUUUGUAAUUACAAAGAGAAGGACCUACAGACCCCGGUCAACCUUCUUGCCGGCAUCUGGAGGCAGCUUGCAUACGACCGAUAUCCCCUGAGCGACGAGGUGGUGAGCUUGUACGAUGCUAAUGCAGAAAAGGGGACGCGGCCCAGUCUCAACGAAAUGGCCUCGGUCCUAACCAGUGAGAUCAAUAAACUAUCAAAGGUUUUUGUCGUUAUAGACGCCAUUGACGAAUGUGCCCCCGAUAUAGUGCCAUCCAUACUACGGAUCCUGGACAUCCCCCGUGUCAAUAUCUUGGCGACAUCACGACUCCCGGGGUUGGGGCCUUUGGCAAGCUAUGCGUCCCUUUCAAUUCAACCUAGCACGUCGGACUUGCGUCUUUAUGUUGAGUCUCGGCUAAGCGAAUCGUCUCUGAUGUCGAGACAUUGUGAAAACGACCCUUCACUGCGUGAUGAAGUUGUUUCAACAGUGAUUGGUAGAGCUAGUGGCAUGUUCUUAAUGGCGCGGUAUCAUAUGGACCUGGUUCUCGGCCAAGAUAGCAUUCGUCGGGUUCGCCAAGCCCUAAUUUCGCUUCCUCAAGACUUGAACUCGGCUUAUGCUGGCAUUCUGGAGAGGAUAUACUCGCAGGAGCCUCAUAAAUCUCAUAGAAGCCGUCAACUGAUUGCAUGGGUUCUCUUUUCCACCCGCCCCCUGAGCAUGGAAGAAACUCGCUGUGCCCUUUCAGUUGAACCUGGAGACUGCUCGCUGAAUCAAGAUGGCCUCCCUGACCUCGACGCUUUACUCUCAACCUGCAGCGGUAUUAUCUCCAUUAAUACAGAGAGUCAAUGUGUGGGAUUUGUUCAUCAGACGAUUGCGGAAUAUCUCAUGCAAGCUCCCCCAGUUCCCAUGCCGACGGCGCAUCUUAACAUAGCACGAACUUGCAUCACAUAUCUCCUCUUUGACACCCUUUCAGGCGGAAGAUGCCUUAAUGACACCGAUCUGGAUGAUAGGUUAUCACAAAACCUCUUCUUUCUCUACUCGGCCCAGAACUGGGGAAAGCACACCAAAGUUUGCGGAGAAGCAGUGGCAGAUUUAGAACCUCUAAUCAGGAAGCUUCUCUCAGAUACGGGGUACCGAGAAAGCAGUCUCCAGGGCCUGGUGCUGCCAUCAGCUCGCUACGAAAGAUACAGUUGGACCACCCCAAAGUAUGCACCGCCUCUCUGGUUAGCAGCUUUUUUCGGUCUUCCCGCAACCACAGAUCUUCUCCUCCGUGGUGGGGGCUGCCUGAUUGAUGCCAAGGCCUCAGAUGGCAGCACUGCGCUCUCCAUGGCAGCUAAAUUCGGAUAUACGGAUGUCAUGACGAUUCUGCUGGACCGCGGCGCAGAGCUCGGGGGUUCUCAAGGCGCGGCAAUCCCCCAUCUCGAAGCCGCGAGAUACGGGAAAACUGACGCCGUGUCUCUUCUCCUGGAACGCGGAGCUGAUAUCGACGGCAAGUCCUCGAACGGUCGCACGGCGCUGCACGAAGCCGUCAGUGGGGGUCACGACACGACGCUAACCCUCCUCAAUAAGGGUGCUGAUGUAAAUGCCAUGACAAUAAAUAGGUGGACCGUGCUACACAGCGCUGUUGCAGCACGUCAGGAAGAGUUCGUGGUUCAACUACUUCAUCACGGUGCUACUGUCAAUACCCAAACUUCGGAGGGGGAAACGGCCUUACAUAUUGCUGCAGGCCGGGGCUUCGACUGUGUUAUAUCGCGACUUAUGGAAGCUGGCGCCACUCCUGAGUUGAUUGAUGUCAACGCGGACACUGCUCUGCAUGCUGCCGCCAGCCGGGGGUUUAUGUCAGUUUGCUCGUUGUGUAUCCAGAGCGGAUCUAAGUCUGGCAUCAACGCGCAGAAUCGUAAAAAAGAGACGCCGAUCUACCAAGCAGCUAUGGCUGGCAACGUGGCUGUUGUUGAAUUUCUUCUAGAGAGGGGUGCCAAUUGCAGGCUCUCAAACUCAGAGGGGAUAUUGCCACUUCACCAGGCGGCUUGGGUCGGGUCUCUGCCCGGUGUUGUUGCGUUGCUCAAUACUGGCCAUCAUGAUAUAAAUGCGGCUGACGAGCGGGGCCGGACGUGCUUGCACGGUGCUGCGGCUGGAGGGUUCGUCCAUGUCGUGAGAUAUCUGGUCCAACAUGGUGCUGAUAAUACCCUAACGUACGGGCCAGGGCCCAGGAUUCUCUGGAAGGCACUGAGCUACUACAAGGACGAUUAUUCGCGAUACAGACUGCUGAAGUACAUGUUAGGACAAGCAUCGAGGACCAAAGGCCAAGUCACGGCGUUAGACGAAGCCUUAGAAAAUUCCCACACUGAAGUGGCUGCGAUACUCCAGACCGCGUCACCUACCAGCCCAGGAGUCGAUUUCGAUGUCAAUAUCGAUGAUCAAACUGAGCCGGCGGUCGAAGGCUCGAUUGAGAAGCUUCUCCAGCCCCCAUUCCCCGAUGGCGAAACCGGGGGCGCUUAUAGGCGGAUCAGACUGGAGCUUAGAGACAUACUGAAUUCCCUUGAAACCGGGACGGAGACCUUUGCGCUUCCAGUCGGAGCAGAUCUGAAGAUUUGGGAGGGUGUAAUCAUGGGUCCGAGUGACACAAGCUACCGCGGUGGUCUUAUUGAAAUCCACUCUCUUCUUCAAGAUCCGAACGCAGGGUUCCCAGAGGCUACGCAUCUCUUUGAAACAGACCGGGCACGAUACUAUACAAAGGUACAGGAAUGGACGCAGAGAUAUGCGAUGGAGCACAGUACUAGCUAG